AUGCUAAAUGUAAAAGGCAUUAGUCAGGACUUAACUCCCUUUGCUGCAAAUCCAGUGUCAACUGACAGCUACCUACUUUUUAAAGAUGACUCUUUAAAAAGAGUCUGCACCAGCGUGGGGGUCAUUUCCCGGGAGCGGCCCUACAGAGAAAGAGGGCCGGCAGCCGGCCCCCAUCGCCUUCUCCCAGGAGAGAGAGAAGAAAGACACCCAACCCUCAGUGCUUCCUUCAGAACAAUGGCUGAAUUCAUGGACUAUACUUCAAGUCAGUGUGGGAAAUAUUAUUCAUCUGUGCCAGAGGAAGGAGGGGCAACCCACGUCUAUCGUUAUCACAGAGGGAAGUCGAAGCUGCACUUGUGCUCGGACACUGGGAAUGGUCAGAGACAAGACACCCCCCUUGGUGUCGGAGGCAUCCGUCAGGCAUCAGAGUGUGCACUAGAGGCAUCCCAGCCUGCUGAGGACAUCUCUAAGGACCUCUACAUAGAAGUAUAUCCAGGGACCUAUUCCGUCACUGUGGGUGUAAAUGACUUGACCAAGAAGACUCACGUGGUAGCAGUUGAUUCAGGACAAAGUGUGGACUUGGUCUUCCUCAUAUGAUGUUGACCAUCACAGACAUCACCUUUUUUUUGUUUGUUUUUUAAGUAUCAAGAAGAAUAAAGUUACCAUAUGUCCUCUUAAAA